CUUGUCCUCCCUGUGUGUAAUUUUGUAUAUUAUAAGAUUAUACAGCGCUACAUAUCAUUGUAGAGCUUUAUAAAAAAAGUUAUACAUACAUACCUUGAAGUAAGGUGUCAAAAUGCCAGUGGGUAGGAUGGUGCAGGAUUAACAAAUUAGUCUUGGGCUCUUUUGUUUGUUUCCUUCCGGGGCACAUUGGGCUUGGAGUUUGUAUGUUCUCUCCUUGCUUACAUGGGUUUCUUCCCACAUUCCAAACACCUUCAGACAGGGUAACUGGGUCCUGGCAACAUUGCUGGUGCGUUUGUAAAUGUGAUAGGGAUAUCAAACUGUAAGUUCCACUGGGAAUGUGACUGAUCUAAAUAAUUUUUCAUUUCUGUACAGCGCUGUAUAAAUCAUAUCUAUAUGUCAACACUGUAUAAAUCAGAAGAAGAAUAAUAGUGUAAAUUUUGUUGUGGAGAAACAAAAAAGUUAAAAGUGAGAAAAACUACUGUGGGGGGUCACAGACUUUUAGCCACCUGUAGGCAGAACAAUAAAAUUUAACAUUUGAUUGGUUGUUGUGGGUUAUUGCCCAGGUGUAAAUGUGGCCACUUUUCAGAAGUAAGUCCCUAAGUGAGGAAAAAUGGUUCUGUGAGCAGAGACAGAUUAUCAUGGUUUCCAUUCAAUGUGUAAUCAGAUAUGUCUGUGUAAAAAAAAAAAAAUACAAUCCUGGAAGUUCAGAUAUUGUUUAUGUACCUUUUCUAUAUAAGCCCAACAGAAUGUAUUUAGCUCUUAUAUUGGUUAUUAGUUGUUUUUGUGUGUUAAAUUUAUACACCCUAUAAUUGUACAACAGUGCAGAAUUUGUUGGCAUUUUAUAAAUACAUGUUAAUAUCAAUAAUUAGUGCCAACUGUUUACAUAUGCUAAGAAUAGACACACUGAAAAUGGUAUAGGAGCCAUCUUGUGGAAGUUUUGGUAAGUGCAAAUAGGAUUGUAACAGUUUACCCUUAAUAAAAUCCUAUUCCCACUUACAUAUUCAUAAAGAAAACAGUAACACGCAUUAACACAUUUGGGCUGAUUUACAACAAAAGUAGAGGUCACCCUUAAAUACAUGCAGUCACUCCUUAUACAUCCCUAUAGUUAGUUUGCAUAGCACCCAUGUGUCCAUCCUGCCUCUUUUCCUGAACCAUGUACAAAUUCAGUUGAUGCAGGGGAACCCUGGACUUACUGCUACUUUAAAGUUGGGGAAAUUUUAAAAGUUUCCACUGUGGCCUGCAUCAAUAUGCACAGUGGAUUUCUGCCUAAAGAAUCUUGUACAGAUUUGAUCAUUUUUAUGCUGAGUGCUGGAAAUUAUAUAAUGCCUAAUAUUUAACCUGAUUGGAUUUGAAUCACAAAUGCAAGUGUUAUUGCAUUAGGAUUGUGGGGGAAAAUAAACACCACAUUGUGAUUAAAAAACCCCACAGCAAACUCCAUCCAAAAUUGCUUACUCCUCUUGUGUAUGUAAAUGACCCUAAUUGUGGCAAGCAUAAGAACAUUCUAAAGAAAUUGCAUCAGACAACUUUUAAUGCUAUCCAUGUUCAAUAGAAUAUGAUUUGUGAGCUAACAAAAUUGCUGUCUUCAUAUGAUUGUAGGUGCUUCAAAUACUUAAAAAAAACAGCUCUGAGAUACAAACAUGGCUGCUCAGGCAUUUAUCGUUUUGUACACUCAUCAAAAGACUAAAAAGUCCAAAACAUGGCAAGAUGGAAUUUUAAAGCUAUCACCAGAAGGGAGAGUGGCAACAUUAUAUAAUGACAAAGGACAACACCUGGAAAAUGUUUAUUUGAAAACAAAUAAGUUGAAUUCAGGGGAUGAUUUGGAAAGUGACCGGUAUUUAAUCACAGUUGAAGGUGAAGAUUUAAGUGGUGGUAUCCCACAGACCUCUACUGAAGUCAGAGAAGCUCCCAAAAUCAGUAAAAGCACAUUGAAACCUGUUGGUCUUCUUCAUCCUGUUGGCCUGAAAAGAAAAUUUUCUGGUUUUCAAGGUCCACGUGAAAUUUCCAAGAAGCCGUCUCUGGGGGUAGAGGGUGAAACCCAAUCUCCAGUGCUCGCCCAAGGUUGUUCCUCUUUGCCUUCACAGUUGUACUCUGCAUCUCCACUGUUUGCUACUCCUUGCUUAAAGAAUUCAGAUGCCAUUCUGCCACCUGAUUGUGGUUCUCUUGCCUGCUGGAAAAACAAUCCUGAUGGAAGAAAUCAGACUUUACCAUUGACUUCUUCUUUUUCAUGCUCAUAUUCAUCUAAUGAUUUGUGGAUGACUGAAAGUGAAAAGGUUGACAAGUCCUCUUCUACAGCCGCCAAUGUGGAAGUGAAUAGUGUCACACAAAAGUUUAGAAGCAGAUCACAAAUUUUGGCACUGUUAAAGUCUCAACCUCCCCAGCAAACCAGUGCAGCAUUAUCUAAAUCUAAUGAGCACUAUGAUGAACUUUCUGGUUCUGGGCAUAGCGAUGUGUUAAAUACGAAGGAUACAAUUAUGCCUGGAAAAGAAAACUGUUUUGUAGUUGUUGGACAGAAAUCUAAAUAUCCACAAGACAUACCUGUUGAACCUAAUCUUAAAAAGAGUCGGUGGGAUGCAUAUUUGGAGCAUUCACCACCCUCUGAUUCUGAAGAUACUGUUAAUAGUGACAAGGAUAAAUCUGUUGAACAAGAUGACCCAUAUAAGGUGCAAUGCUUUUCAAGUUCCUUAGACUUGACUCAGAAAACUAGUUCAAGAAAGAACAUUCAGGGCAAACCACUGAGUCCACAAUUAUCAGCACAGUCUGAAAAUUGCUUACCACCUCAGUUAGCUGAAGCAACCAAAUUCCACACUCCACAGACCAGUGUAUUACAUUUGCAGUGGAAAACAGAAACAAGUAAUUGUAAAAGUUAUGUAGGACAAGAAGACUUGAAUACAGAUAAUUGCUCAAAUGCUACUCAACCAUUUGGGGAUAUCUCCUUUUCCUCUGAAUACAGUCUUCAAGGAUGUAGAGAUAAUGAGACACCCAUAUCAGAGAAACCUGUUGCUUCCCCAUCUCUGAAGAUAUCUGAUACAGCUAUAUGUUCUUCUGAAGAUGAAACCAGUGACCCAGCAAUGACAGAAAUCACAUUCAACUUGUUGGACAGUUUUGAUUGCAUAGUCUCAGAUGAUGAGGAUUCACAAAUAGUUUGCCCUAAUAUAAAAGAAGCAGAACAUGGCCCACUUGGUGAAAUAAUACCCACUAAAGAUCGAAAGGACAAUGUGCCUUUGCAUUGCCAGAAUGAAAAACAUGCAGGGAAUGAAAUUAUGGAAUCCAGAGAUAUAACUGACAUGUCAUCUGGUUCUAAUAUCUCAAGAACUAAAAAUUAUGGUUUAGUGGAAUAUGACAGCAAGUUACAAGUGCUAUCUGACACUGUUAAACAUGAGAACUGUGCAAUAAAAGAGGAACACAAGGAAAAGCUGCAAAACUUCCCUGGAACAUCUGAUUUGGGUCGUAUGUUUGACAUUAAAACUGAACUUUCCCAUGACAAAAAGGACACCACAGAAAACACUGCGCAUAUAUCAAUGGGAAAUAUUGUACAGCCUAAAGGCAGCCUUUUGGAAAACUCUACAGUAGUAAAGGAGGCCUCAAAGCUUUCACAAGAGUCACAAAGAAGCACACAUAAUUGUAUAUUAGUGCUUCCCAUAAACAAGUCACAAUCUAAAAUGCCACUUUUGGAAAAUCAUAUUCAAAGUUCAAAUGAAGGGAUUUUAUGUAACCAAAGUACCUUUGAUUCCACUGAAAAUAUUAAAACAGAAAACAGCAUCUCUGUUCUGAAAGGACUGACAAAACAUAGUAAUGCAAUAGAGAGCCUAGACAUUUUAAAUGAUGAUUCAGAAUCAACAACUCGAGAAGAUGAGUGUUCAGGACACACAGAUAAGCUGAGUGGAGAAGUAGAAGAAGAUCAUCACAAGACUAUGCAUGAUGAUUUUUUCCAGUGUGACCUUGACCAAGCUAAACCUUUUCCCACUGCAGAAUUCAUAUUUUCACAAGAGUUUAAGUCUGACAAUACUCCCCGUUUCCAGUGUCCUGAACCUGUCCCACCUAAGCUGCUAUCUGCUAAAUCUUUAGAGGAAGAAUUGUUUGUUGAGGAUUUUCCAGCCAAGCCUGGUACAGUGCAUGUACCUCAAGGAACCCAUUGUAAUAAUGCUGUCCCAUUUAAAGCAUUUGCUCUGCCUCAGUGGGAUGGAGGCACUCAGCAAUCAGAUUGUGAUUGGGACCUUUCACAGUGGCCAUCCAGAGAAACAAUCAAGCCAGACCUUACAAUAGUACAAGAAAAGCCAGAUAUAGAUCGGCCAUUUUCAUGGCAUGAAAAUACAAUUAUGCAGUUAAAAGAAUUAAAGGACACACAAAAUGCCACCCAAGACAUCAGUUGUACAAACAGCACAAUUUCCCAAGUUGGGUCAAAGCUUCAGAGACUAUUGCCAGUCGUAACAACACCAGACCUUGCAGACUCUACCAGGCCAGUACCAGCAGGGUAUGAAUACAAAAAAUGCUUUUUGGACACAAAUUGUAGCCCAUCUCCCAAUAUAUAUACAACCAAGAACUUGAUAGAUGUCCCUGUACAUAAUGCUUUUGUUGAGAACAUUGAAGAGGGCACAGGUUUCCUGAAACCAACAGAGGAUAGAAAUUCACCAAAAAGACAAAGCAAAUGGACAAAAUAUCAAAACAAAUCUCUUUGCAGCAGAACAAAUGAAAAUGUAGAAGAUAUGAAAGCAAAUGAGGAGUUUUUUGCAAAGUCUUUGUUUGGAAAAGAACCAUAUAUGGCAGACAAAGUGGAUGAUAAGGCCUCUGUGGAAUCUAUUUGUCUGACUUUGUUAAAGGACACCCUGAGUAAAAAGAAUAGUGGUCUUGUGCAGCAUGGGCUUCACACCAAACGCCACCCUACUAUUAGUAUUGCACAGCUUAAUAAAGGCAAAACAAGUUUCCUUUCCGAUUCAUCAGGCAAUGUAAAGAUUUCCUGUGAGCUACAUUUUCCUAGUAGGGAAACUGUACAGUCUACUGUGAGCAUUCCCAAAAGAGAAAUUUCCAUACCUAUUCUGUACCAAUCGGUGACACAUUACAAACAUGUCUUCACUGCAGCACUCACAGAACAUUUGAACAUAAUGAUGUUUGAACUAUCACAACGGCUCUACAAAGCUCUCUCCAAAGUUGAUAUGUCUUUCUACACAUCAUCCAGAGCAGCAGGAGAGAUGGGUAAACACAAUGUUACUCCCCUGUGCCUGCACCAACAACCAGCAAAACUAGUUAUGGUGAAAAAAGAGGGUCCAAACAAGGGUCGUUUCUUUUACACUUGUGAUGCUCCCAAAAGUGACCAGUGUAAAUUCUUUAAAUGGUUGAACGAAACUCAGUGUUCAAGCCCUGUACAAGGACAUGCGCAACCCAAGGUUGUAAUGGGUGAUAUGAAAAGUGUUGCCAGUUUUGUGAGAAGUCACAAAGUAGCCCUUUACGAGGAGAGCCAUCUAAUGGUUAGGAAAGUAUCUGGAUUUCAAAAUAAAAGCUUUGGUAAGUUUAAGAAAAUAAUUAAUGCCAACUCUGACUUUGCUGGUGAAUCUAAAACCAAACUUUACCUGAAACUGAACAGAAAGGAAAACUCUUCAGCUUACAGCAAAGAUGAUUUGUGGGUUGUUUCAAAAACGAUUGACUUUGAACCAGUGGAUACUUUCGUUGCUUUCAGUGUUUUCUUUGGUCCAUCUGCUAACAAUGAAAUAGAGAUUCAGCCUCUGAAAGGAUACAGCCCAUCCAACUGGCCAUCAAAUACACUUGUCCAUGCAGUGUUGGUUUGUAAUGCAAGCACAGAACUGACAUCUCUGAGAAAUAUACAGGAGCACCUAAACCCAUCCACACUGCCAAUCAUGCCACAUCUAUUGAAAAUGCAAUCUGAACAGGAAGGAGAAUCUAAAACAAACACUGGAAAGUUCAAGCCACCAUCACUCACUGCAAAGAUCCCCCAAAGAUGUGAACUUCCAAGCUGUAGUUUUAUACUGGCAAAAUCACAGGAGAUGAUUGAGCAGUUUAGAUUGAAUGAAGAUCAAGCCACAGCCUUGAUGCAGAUAGCACAGAUGAUGACUACUGCUGCAGGAUCUUAUAAAGCAGUGGCUCCACCAAUAACAGUUAUUCAUGGUGUUUUUGGUGCUGGAAAAAGCUAUCUGCUCUCUGUGGUUGUUCUGUUUCUAGUGCAGUUGUUUGAAAGGGGAAAUCCAGCAGAAGGUUAUGAAGCAUCUCCUUGGAAAAUUCUCAUAUCUUCAUCCACCAAUGUGGCAGUUGAUAGAGUCCUCCUAGGAUUGCUUGAUCUCGGAUUUAGCCAGUUUGUAAGAGUUGGAAGCAUUAGAAAAAUUGCAAAGCCCAUCCUUCCUUUCAGUCUGCAUGCUGGGUCUGAAAAUGAAAAUGAGCAAAUAAAAGAACUUCUUGCACUUCUCAAAGAUGACUUAACCCCAGUAGAGAAGGCUUAUGUGAGAAAAAGUAUUGAACAACAUAAGUUAGGCACCAACAAAGCGUUACUUGGCCAGGUCCGUGUAGUUGGUGCAACCUGUGCUGCCUGUCCUUUUGCUUGUAUGAGCAAUCUAAAAUUUCCUGUUGUAGUUCUGGAUGAGUGUAGCCAGAUGACAGAACCAGCAUCUAUGCUUCCAGUUGCAAGAUUUCAGUGUGAAAAACUAAUUCUUGUUGGGGAUCCAAAGCAGUUGUCUCCAACUAUUCAGGGCUCUGAGCCAGCACAUGAAAAAGGUCUAGAACAGACACUCUUCAGUCGGCUUUGUCUGAUGGGCCAUAAAGCUAUAAUUUUAAGAACACAGUAUCGAUGUCAUCCUGCUAUUUGCUCCAUAGCUAAUGAACUGUUCUAUGACAGCCAUCUCAUAAAUGGUGUAUCGGAAGAAGACAGAAAACCUCUUCUGGACUGGCUGCCAACAUUAUGCUUUUAUAAUGUGAAUGGCACAGAACAGGUUGAGGGAAACAACAGCUUUUAUAAUAUGGAAGAGGCCAACUUUACAGUUAAGCUUAUUCAGUCUCUUAUUGCAAGUGGAAUUGAGGGAUCUAUGAUUGGUGUGAUCACUCUAUACAAGUCACAGAUGUACAAGAUUUUUAGCUUACUUGCCAGCAGUGCACACUGUGAUUCUACAGAUAUAAAAGCAGUUCAGGUUUCAACGGUUGAUGCAUUCCAAGGAGCCGAGAAGGAAAUAAUUAUCUUGUCCUGUGUUCGGACAAGGCAAGUUGGAUUCAUAGAUUCAGAAAAAAGAAUGAAUGUUGGGCUGACCAGGGGAAAGAGGCAUUUAUUGAUCAUUGCUAAUCUCGCCUGCUUGAGGAAGAACAAACUUUGGGAACACGUGAUCCAUCACUGUGAAAGGCAGAAAAAUGGUUUAAAACAUGUGAGUCAGUGGGAAGAAAAACUUAAUGCAAUCCUUUUGCGCUACCAAGAGAAGAAAAUAGAAGAAGACAUGAAAAAGAAAAAAUCCAAAGCAAGAGAGUGUAAUGUAAACCCUUCUCCACAGAGCUGAAAGACAAGAAAGAGAAGAGAAUCUGUUUCUUUUUAGGUCGUACCUAAAUCCACCCUGCAUUGUGUUGAAUCACGCUGCCCCGGAGAGAGGUGGGGAUAAACUACAGAAACACACACGCUUGCCUGAAUUGGCUGAAAACCCUAACUCUUCACAUAAUACAGAACAGAAUAACCUGCAGAUUUAGACUGCUCCUUCUGUCUAUUCCAUCUAUAUCAAAAUGAUUAACCUGUGUUAGUGACAAGUUGAGUUAAUUGAUAUAUAUGGCUGCUGAGCAGCACACUGAUAUUUAAUAAUGCAUUUUAUGAAAUAAAUAAUAUUAAAUACACUUUAACUAUGUUCUUUGCAAGAGCAGAAAUAAAUAAAUAGAAUCUCAAAACUCCCACUAGGUGGCGCUGGUGUACUCUAGCCAACGCAAAUGUCAGAAAGUGGUUUACUUUGUUUUUUAAAGCUUUUUUUGGAACGUCAAUAUGCAAUGAUACAAGUGAUUUCAUAUACAAUACAAGUACCAUUAUUUUUUA